AUGACCGAAAACAAUACCAUCCUCAUCACUGCUGGACCAUAUCAAUUCCUCGCAACCCUCGAGUCCUCCGCCGCUCCAAAAACUGUAUCGUUGUUCCGUACCUUACUUCCGUAUCGACAAAAACUCAUCCAUGUGCGAUGGAGUGGUGAAGGGUUAUGGAUUCCACUCGGCGAGACGGAUUUCGGUGUCUCAUUCGAGAACCACACUGCACAUCCAGGAUCAGGCGAUAUACUGUUAUAUCCAGGGGGUAUUUCGGAGACAGAGAUCUUGUUUUGUUAUGGCGGUGUCGCAUUUGCUAGCAAGAUGGGACCGUUGGCAGCAAAUCAUUUCUUGACGAUAACAGACGGAAAAGAGAAUUUGAGGUCGCUGGGGGAGUUGGUCUUGUGGAACGGCGCCCAAGAUGUGUUGUUCGAAAUUGCUGGUGAGGAAAUGUGA